GCGGAUUGUAUAUCAACCCCCCUCUCUGUCCCUCCCUCCUCUUCUCGUUUUCUCUCUUUCCAUCCUUCGUUCCAUACACAUUCUUCUCUCGCUCGCUGCAGAACAGAUAUUCUCAAUCGAUAUCACCAACUUUUCAAUCUUCAAUUUUCAUCUACCAACCACAAUCACCAUCAUUAUCAUUAUCAUCAUCAUCACAAUGCCUCGCGCUCCUAAGUCUACCACCACCACUCGCGCCGCUAAGUCCUCCACCAUCCGAGGCACCACCACCGCCGCCGCCAGAGGCACCCCCACCACCCGAGCCACCACCACCACCCGCGCUCGUAGAUCCACUCGAGCCACCACCACUACCACCACUACUACCACUACCACCACCCUACCCACACCCCCAUCCACGCCCAGGCCCAGCCUCAUAGUCCGCCUCCCCUUCGACAAGUCCAUCUUCAGCUGCUGGGUGCAAGUGCUCGAGCUCCGUUCCAUGCUACGUGAGCAGAACGAGAUGGCCAGGGCAGCAAGGAUUUUGUGUGACGUUUUUGCUGCCGAUACUGGGAUUACUGUUGAGAAGAAAGAGGAGGAAGAGGAGGAGGAACAGACGGAGUAUUGGUGGUUUGUAGAGAAACUGGGGGAGAAGAUGGAGAAGUGUGCGAGGUGUUCGAGGUGUUGGGAGAUGGUUAGGAAGGAAACAGCUGAGGGACGGUGGCAGAAGUUUUUGGGGACUAAUGAUCCUUAGGUAUAUGGUGAGUGGUAAUUAUUGGGAGAUGAUAGAAUGUAUUGCUAAUUGGUUUGUAGCUCGGUUUUGGUGUUGGAAUUUGGUUUUGGGGAGGAUUUGUUUGUUUGAGUA